AUGUCCACUAUAUCAACAAAAGUGAAAUAUAACAGCAUAACGGCAGCUUUUACACCCUGGACAGUUCAAUUAGUUAAGAAGCGAUGUGUAGGAUCAAAAGCUUGUAAAGGACAGACUGUGAAGUAUAGCCUUGUUCAUUCUUCGCUGUUCCGAGCAAACCUAUGUAAAAGGCGAUCUCCUGGAACCAGUUUUUUCACCGAUGCCAUCGGCUUCAUGUUUCUGGAAAAACUUCGUAGAGAGUUUUCGAAUCGCCACAGAAUGCUCACUUGUUUUCCGUCACGAAAUGGUGUUGAUCGAAUGGUGUUGAACUGUCAAAAAGGUAUUGGUCGACGUCUCAUGUACCAUGGAUGUUCUAGUCGAAGGGAUUGA